CAACCAGAGCAGCAACGCAACUUUUCCACAUAUAUAUAGAAUAAAGCUACUGAACGUCAUUGGUUUUGGAUCAAAUAUUCUCCACCGCUGUGCCCUCCCAUGGUUCGCCACAUAUGAACUAGACAGAUGGAUAACCUCUGGAAAUCGACCACAUGGCUACGGGACGAGCUGGACUCUCCGACUCAGAACAUUCGCGUUCUCGAUUGUCGUAGCCGGGAGCUCUAUGAUUCUUCUCACAUUGAAAAAGCCCUGCACGUUGCCCUCCCUGGAUUGAUGCUACGCAGACUGCGCAAGGGCAACUUUUCUGCUCAUUCCCUGCUCCCUGGGUCUCCCCCAGCAGUAAGAGGAGUGGCCCUUCUAUACGAUGAGUGCACUGCCACCCUACCAGGCCUGGUGGGAAGUCAGGGAGAAGAGCAGGAACCCAUUCUCGUGACUCUGCUGCAUAAGCUUAGGAAAGAAGGUUGUCAGGCCUACUAUCUACAAGGUGGUUUCAGUAAGUUUCAAGCUGAGUUCCCUCAUCACUGUGAAACCAACUUGGACUCCACUAGCUGUGCCAGCAGUUCACCGCUGCCUCCGACCCCAGUGCUGGGACUCGGAGGCUUGUGUAUUGCUUCGGACUGUUCAGACAUUGAGUCGGAUCUGGACAGGGAGCCACUAAGCGGGGUGGAUUCUGAAGGGAUGAGCCCACGGAAUCCGGCUCCUUCUUUUCCCGUACAAAUCCUGCCACACCUGUACCUGGGCAGCGCAAGAGAUUCGGGAAACAUGGACACGUUAGCUAAACUCGGAAUCCGUUACAUCCUCAACGUCACCCCAAACCUACCCAAUAUUUUUGAGAAGGAUGGAGAUUUCCACUACAAGCAAAUUCCAAUAUCUGACCACUGGAGCCAGAACUUGUCUCAGUUUUUUCCUGAAGCAAUUGAGUUUAUUGAUGAGGCAGCUUCCCACAACUGUGGGGUACUCGUGCAUUGUUUGGCUGGCAUCAGUCGAUCUGUCACUGUCACCGUCGCCUACCUCAUGCAGAAGCUCAACCUGUCUCUGAACGAUGCCUAUGACUUUGUGAAGCGUAAAAAAACCAACAUCUCUCCUAACUUCAACUUCAUGGGCCAGUUGCUGGACUUUGAGAAAAGUCUGGGUCUGAGCAGUCCAGAUGACAAUCGGCCUCUCGGCCACUCGUUCUUCACCAGCCCUUCCAGCGACGAUGUCUUUGAACUGGACUCUUUGGACUCUACGUAGUCAUAUUAUUGCUGCUGGAAUUUUUCGACGUUCCCCUUUAUUCCAAAUCCUGACCUAAGCAUUUAGGAUCACGGGCAGCAUGGAGUCAGCUGCGGUUAAUGUUAAGGAUCUUGGGCACUUUUUUUGUGGAUUGUAUUCCACUAAAGCAAAUAUUUGCAUGCCCAGAUUAAGGGUCUCAAUAUCUGC